AUGAAGUUCACCGCUGCCGCCCUUUUGGCCCUUGCCGCCACCGUCGCCGCCGACACCAUCAAGUUCACCCGGGCCAGCCCCGGCCAGCUCGGUAUGCUCCGCCGCCAGGAAGACGGCGGUUAUGAGCCCGAGGUUCGCGAGUGUGGCGAUGGCAACACUUGCGCCGAGGCCUGUGGUGCUGGAUACGAGCAGUGCGACUCUGAUGACACCUCCAACCACUGCUUCAACCCCAGCGCUGGCGAGACUUGCUGCCGAUUCCUCGGUCUUGGAUCUUCUUGCAACGCCGGUUACUUCUGCGCUCAUGACUCCGACAAGAACACCGUCUGCUGCGGCGAAGGCAAGUCCCUCGAAGAGUGCGCCGCCCUCAACGACUCGGGUGCCCUCGUUUCCGAUGUCCCCGUCACCUCGACCGCCGAGCCCACCGCUAGCGAGACCGGCGCGUCUAACAGCACGGCCACGCUCCAGCCCAGCUCGACCAGGGGCGUCGUGUUCCCCGAGAGCGGCGCUGCCAACUUUGUGCCUGCCGCCGCGGCUGCCCUCCUCGCUGUUGGCGCCUUCGCUGCCCUUCUCUAA